GUUCACUGUCCAUGGAAAUCAAAGCUCCCAGUCCAAGCAUGACACCUGACCCCACCUGACUCUGAUUCGACCAUCACACCGUGUCUGUUUUCAGACUUUCACCCCCUCCUCUCAUCCUGGUGUUUUGGUAUUAAAGUUGAAAAAAAUGGGCGCGUGAUCCUCAGCAGCUCGCGCCUCUGCCACGCGCGUGCGUGGGACAGGAAGCCAUCCCCUUGAACAGUUGCAGAUUGACAGGUGGGCUUUGACUGUCAGGGUGACGCUCGUGGAGGGGUGGAGUAAAGGAGAGGCCGGAGAGGCAGCUGGAUGUGUCUGUCUAUCAGUGGGAGCUGUCUCAGCGCACCGCAUCAGCCAAAGUGCGCACAUUUCACUGCCGCGAAAGCCCGUUUGGCGCUCUUUACGGUAAAGAAGAACUGUGAGGGGACGGCGGGGCUCGGUGGAGGCUCGGUGCGGGCUCAGAGGGCGGCCCUGCUGGGGGAUGAGUUUGGGGGGAAUUCGUCAAGUGUCCGUGCUGACAGUCGGAGGGACAGCGGAGCCGGAAUACUGAAACCAAAGGUGGAGACCGUCGGAGCUCGGGAACCCGGACGGGCGGAGAGACGGACACGUUUGGACUCCUAAAGGGAAGAAGGACGGAGGUCCCCGGGCUGAAGGAGGUCUAAAACAGUCCGGUGCUCCUGUUUGGAUGGAAACUGUCUGAAUCCACCUCUACGACAGACCGAAACCAGCACGAACCGUCCCCCUUCACCAUCCAGCCUGAUGAGUUUGUGUGGUCGGCAGAAGUUCCCGGACGAGCCCCGUUCGUCUGGAAUGAUCGAUAGAGAUUAAAAAUACACUAAGAAGGUUGAAAACAGACCCCCUCACCCUGUGAGGAAUCCUUCUCUCAGCCCGCUGAAGAAGAAGUGAGGAAACGCUUCCCGUCUCCUCGGUUUCCUCUCAGCUCCGCAUGAGAAGUCAGCGGGAAGUCCUGCAGCAGCAUGCCGAGGAGGAAGCAGCAAGCCCCGCGGCGGUCAGUAGCUUAUGGACCUGAAGAUGAAUUCAAGGUUGAUAAAACUGAUGAAGAGGAACAUCUGCAGGACGACGGUCUGUCCCUGGAUGGCCAGGAUGCAGACUUCCUCUUCAACGAUGACGAGGAGGCUGGGGAUCGCUUCAGCUGUCAGAACUCUCCCCUCAGCAAUGGCACUAACCCGGACGCUGGGUAUGCAUCUCCACUCAGCACCACCAGCGAUCAUAUGGUGGACCAUAAGACCACACCCUCCCACAGUGAUGAGGAGAAGAUGAAGGACAGAUUAGGGGAGAGCACAGACUCCAUCAAUGGGCUCUCGCUACAGGACAGUCUGGCACAAAUGAAAGCUGUCUAUGCAAACCUCAUCUCUGAUGCUUCCUGGUCCAGCAUCGCUCUGGAUAUACUGAAAAGCAAACAAGGAAACAGUUACACAGCUAGCAAUGGAAAUGGAAGCAGUUAUAAAGGGAGCAAUGGGUUUCUGCGCAGUCACAGCCCAGGCAACGUCAAUGUGAAGAGUAGAUGUAGCACGAGCAACGCCUCAACCACCACCAACACCACCACCAGCAGUACUACCACCAGAGCAGUAUCCAGCAACAGCACCAGUGGCACCAGUGUCAGCUCUGGUAGCACUGGAGGACUAGCCUAUGACUGGCACCAGGCAGCGCUGGCAAAGACCCUGCAACAUACCCCAUACCAGCUCCUCCCUGAGCCAAGCCUGUUCAGCACAGUGCAGCUCUACAGACAGAACAAUAAGCUCUAUGGCCCCGUGUUUACAGGAGCCAGCAAGUUCAGGUGCAAAGACUGCAGCGCAGCCUACGACACUUUAGUGGGCUUGACAGUGCACAUGAAUGAAACGGGUCACUACCGUGAUGACAACAAGGACACUGAGGAUGAUCGCAGCAAGAAAUGGUCUAAGCCACGGAAGCGUUCUCUGAUGGAGAUGGAGGGCAAAGAAGAUGCCCAGAAAGUUCUUAAAUGCAUGUACUGUGGUCACUCUUUUGAGUCCCUGCAAGACCUCAGUGUCCACAUGAUCAAAACAAAACAUUAUCAGAAAGUGCCUCUCAAAGAACCAAUGCCAGCCCUCACCUCAAAGUUAGUCCCCCCAACUAAAAAACGAGCCUUUCAAGACUUGAUCAUAUCCCCAAGUUCACCAGAGUCCAUCUCGUCUGGAAUACUUCUAGGAGAGUCUCCCAAAGACCAAAAAGUGGCCAAUCCAUACGUCACCCCGAACAAUCGAUACGGUUACCAAAACGGUGCCAGUUACACCUGGCAGUUUGAAGCACGCAAGGCACAAAUCCUCAAAUGCAUGGAGUGUGGAAGUUCACAUGACACCCUGCAGCAGCUAACAGCCCACAUGAUGGUCACUGGGCACUUUCUCAAAGUCACUAAUUCAGCCUCCAAGAAGGGGAAGCAGUUGGUUUUUGAUCCUGUGGUUGAGGAGAAAAUUCAGUCGAUUCCACUGCCACCAACAACCACACGACUCCCAGCACCAAACGAGAAGUCCCAGCCUGACUCUCCCCUGCAGCCUCCGAGUCCGGAGGAGGAGAAUGAAGAGAAGAAAGAGGAAGAGCCAGAGGGAGAGAACCUGGACGCUCAGGAACCAGUGGCAAAAAUCAAAGAGGAGAAGGAAGAAGUUUCAGAAAAAGCUGAGAAACCUGUAAAGACCAGAACUUACCAAUAUCUGACAGAAGAAGACUUGGAAGAGACGCCAAAAGGAGGCUUGGACAUCCUAAAGUCUUUAGAGAAUACAGUGUCCAGUGCAAUCAGCAAGGCCCAAACAGGCACCCCAACCUGGGGAGGAUACCCGAGCAUUCAUGCUGCAUAUCAGCUUCACGGGUCUUUAAAGUCCACCUUACCUUCAUGUGCACAGGUCCAACCUUUAUUCAGUAGCAACAGUUUGAAGGUAUUUCCCUCUGACACUGGCACCCUGAUCCACUCCCCUAACAGCCCCUCUCCACCUCCAAACCACAGGAGUAACGUUCUGGCCAUGGAGGAGCUGGUGGAGAAGGUGACAGGGAAAACUUCAGCCAAGAAUGAAAAGGAAGAGCACCCCAUAGAGACUAAAACCAGGUCUGUAAAGUCUCCAUUACCAGUACCUAAGGACAAACAGGUUUCACCCAGUCCAGAUACCGCCUUAAAGGCCGUGAGUACAGCAGAGGAGCAGACCGGCUCCAAAAGUAAAGAAGGAGAGCAGAGAGAAACAGAUGCUCAGAUAAAGAGGGAAGCUGAUUCACCAAAAAGGCCAGUCAGUAAUGGCUGCAGUCGCCUGAGCAUCAUCACUGAUCACUCCCCUGAACAACCCUCCGUCAACCCUCUCAGCGCUCUGCAGUCCAUCAUGAACAAUCACCUGGGCAAAGCUGCCAAAGUGGCCACCCCUUUCAUAGACCCGUUCUCAAUGCUGUAUAAGAUCAACAGUAAUGCUGCUCAGAUGAAGCCUGCAGAGCCUGCGGGUCAGUACCACAACGAUGAUCAGCCCAUGGACCUGACCAAAUCCAAACCCACCAACGGAAGUCCUGUUAGGGGGACCACAGCACCAAACGGCAGCAUGAACACUAAACCAGCCUUUAAAAGUUUCUCUCAGUCUUCAUCUCCACCUCUGAGGGAGAAUGCUCUGAUGGACAUUUCAGACAUGGUCAAAAACCUGACUGGCCGUCUGACGCCAAAGUCUACGACCCCGUCGUCUGUCUCUGAAAAGUCCGACGUAGACGGCUGUGCUUUUGAGGACAGUUUGGAGGAGUUAUCCCCCAUCCAGAGACGGAAAGGCAGACAGUCCAACUGGAAUCCCCAGCACCUCCUGAUUCUUCAGGCCCAGUUCGCCUCCAGUCUCAGGGAAACUCCUGAAGGAAAAUUUGUGAUUAGUGACUUGGGGCCCCAAGAACGGGUCCACAUUUGUAAAUUCACCGGUCUCUCCAUGACUACUAUCUCUCAUUGGCUGGCCAAUGUAAAGUACCAGUUAAAGCGCACAGGAGGCACAAAGUUCCUAAAAAAUAUCGACUCUGGUCAGCCGUUGUUUUUAUGCAGUGACUGUGCUUCCCAGUUCAGGACUCCAUCGUCCUACAUUCACCAUCUGGAGACCCAUCUGGGGUUUACCCUGAAGGACCUCUCCAAGCUUUCCAUCGAUUUAUUAGAACAGCAGGCGGUCAGCAGGUUAGAUGACAAGACUUUCAUUUCCUCUGGACUCUCUGAAGAAGACACAGGAUUAAUUUAUCAGUGCAAACUCUGCAGUCGGACAUUUGCCAGCAAACAUGCAAUCAAAUUGCACCUUUGCAAAACACAUGGGAAAACCCCAGAAGACCAUCUGAGCUUUGUGAAAGAGCUGGAAAAGUCUGACACACAAUGAAGAGAAAGCAGAGAGCACGACAGUUUCUUGUUGCACUAAAUCUCUAAGCUACAAUCUGUCAUAAUAGAUAGUGCCACAAGUGUCAGGAGUUCUGAGAACAUGCUAGCUAACUAUGACGUUCCCAUUACUGUUAAACUGAGCGUAGCGGUGCAGCAGCCAUGGCACUAUGUAGGCACUGACUGAUUGUUGCUUUUCUAAUGCACUGCAUCUUACCUGAGCCUUCCUGGGUAAAUGUCCAUCUGUUGUUUUAAACUGGACCAUGCUCUUAAUUGAUCACUGAAUGCUUUUACAUGACUGUUUCAACACAUAAAUAUUAUUUAUGAGACAGUGUGUGCAUGUUUAUCAUGAAUACAUGAGAAUAGAGGUGUCUCUGUGAAGGUUUAUGGAUGAAGAUGAAGUGAAACUGUAGACGGCCCAGCACUUUAAAGAAGUGAUGAAGAAUUAUGGGUAAAAAUGAGAACACAUCACAUCUUUGACUCUUCAUCCCCUCGGUCAUCAGGCAGCUGACGGACUAACGAAGAUGUCGUUAAGCAUUAAAUCACACGUGUUCCCCUCGUGACCAUUACUUCCUGGUUGUUCCAUGAUGUACAGUAUUUGAGUUCGUAGGCCACUGGUUUGAUUAUUGUGAAGCUAAAGUUGUAAAAAUAAUGACGUUUAAAACUUCUAUGAAUAUGGCAAGUAUGUGUACAUGUAUGUUAGCAUAUCUUGCUCUGUACAGUCCAACGUAAUUUGUACUGUGUGCAUUUUGAUAAUGUUAUUUUCUAGACAAACAUGGUAUAAAACUACAGAUUAUUGUUGGACCACAUUGUCCUUUUUCAGUAAAAAGUCGGUCCUCCAAUGUGCUUUACAUAAAAUAACUCUACAGGCAUCGUCUCUGAUGCAUGGUACUGUAUAUAGCAUUAAAACAGAUUUCCAGGUUUUAUCAUCCACAUGAUUAUUCAGAAUAACAUUCUUUUAUCCUCAGUUGUCAA